AUGGCCGCGGCGGCGUCGGCGCCGCACGUGCUCGUCUUCCCGUGGCCAGUGCAGGGCCACAUCAACUGCAUGCUCCACUUCUCCACCGGCCUCCUCGCCGCCGGCCUCUAUGUGACCUUUGUUCACAGCGACCAGACCCUCCCCGCCGGCGGGGGACAACCGCUGCUCGCCGCCGCCACCUCGCCGCGGCUCCGGUAUGUCUCCUUACCCGACGGUCUCCCCGAUGGCCACCCGCGGAACGCGGACGGCGUCGUGCAGCUCAUGGAGUCGGCGCAGGCCAAGGCCAGCGCGUACCGCUCCCUCCUCGCGAAGCUGGUGCGUCCGGGUGACGGCGCCGGUGGUGGCUUCCCUCCGGUGACCUGCGUCGUCGCCGACGGCCUCUUGCCGUUCGCCGUUGACAUCGCCGAGGAGAUCGGCGUCCCGGCGCUCAGCUUCCGGACGGCAAGCGCGUGCAGCUUCCUGGCUUACCUGUCCCUGCCCAGGCUGUUCGAGCUCGGCGAGCUCCCCUUCCCGGCGGGCCACAGCCUCGACGAGCCGGUGCGCGGCGUCCCGGGCAUGGAGAGCUUCCUGCGCCGACGAGAUCUUCCAAGCCAGUGCCGCAAUUGCACCGAGUUUCAGAACGACCCGCUCCUGGAGAAGGUGAUUGAGUUCACAGCCCGCAGCCGGAACGCGCGGGCGCUCGUGCUGAACACGGCGGCGUCGAUGGAGCGCGCGGCGCUCGACAACAUCGCGCCUCACAUGUGCGACGUCUUCGCCAUCGGGCCCCUCCACGCCAUGUCCCCUGCGCCGGCCGCUGCCGCCGCCGCCGGUAGCCAGUGGCGGGAGGAUGACGGCUGCUUGGCCUGGCUGGACGGCCAGGCGGACCGCUCCGUCGUGUACGUCAGCUUGGGGAGCCUCACCGUCAUCUCGCUCGAGCAGUUCACGAUGUUGCUGUCCGGGCUCGCCGCCGCUGGGUACCCCUUCCUCUGGGUGCUCCGGCCGGACAUGGUAGUGGACAGCCAGAGCGCCGCUCUCCGGGAAGCCCUCACGGCGGCGGGGCCCAGCAAGGCGCACGUCGUGGAGUGGGCGCCGCAGCGGGACGUGCUGCGCCACCGCGCCGUGGGGUGCUUCCUGACGCACGCCGGCUGGAACUCGACGGUGGAGGCCACCGUGGAGGGCGUGCCGAUGGUGUGCUGGCCGUUCUUCGUCGACCAGCAGAUGAACAGCCGGUUCGUGGGCGCCGUGUGGAGGACGGGGCUGGACAUGAAGGACGUGCGCGACGCGGCCGUCGUGGAGAAGACGGUCAGGGAGGCAAUGGAGUGCCCCGAGAUCAGGGCGUCGGCUCGGGCUCUGUCACAGCGGGUGAGACAGGACGUCGCCGGCGGCGGCUCGUCGGCGGCGGAGUUCAAGCGGCUCGUGGAGUUCAUCGUGCAGCUCAGCACGACGAACAGAGCGGCAGCUGUGGCGAUCGAAGGAUGA